AUCACUCCUAUAGUUUUAAAUUUACACAUUCAUUUAAAUAUUAGUCAUGGUUAAGGAAUUGCAAUCGGUUUCCAGUGGCGGUGACCCUGGCCCGUCAACAGUCACUGAGAUUCCGGAUCCUAAUGCAGGAUGCAUCGUUAGGGUCCACAACAUACCAUCGCAGAUCGAUGAGGACUCCUUGAAGGAGGUUAUGGGCCAUUUUGGCAAGGUGAAGCGUUGUGAAGUUGUACCAGGAAUCGGCCAGCAUUCACCAUGCGAAGCAUACGUGAUGUUCAAGUUGCCUAGUCAGGCGCAGCAGGCAUUGAAAGCUGAUGAGAAGCUAGAGUGUGGAGGCUGUACUUUGAAAAUAUCACCAUGGAAUUCAGAGUGGCCUAGUGACACCGUGAUCAGCAAGAAGCGCAGCCUUGACAACGUCAACUCUGAUGCGUGUUGGUUUUGUUUAAGUAACGUAGCCUGUGAAAACCACAUGGUUGCAUUUGUAUCGGACGAGAGUUAUAUCGCAAUCGCAAAGGGGCCUCUCCACCCCCUGCACAGCUUGGUAACACCAAUUUAUCACUAUCCUAAUGCCGCAUGUGCUCCACCUAAUGUUUUAAAGGACAUUCAACGGAUGCUGGACUGUCUAUUUGAUUUGUGUCUUAAAAAUGGUAUGGGAGCUAUUGCCUUCGAGCGAUACAUGCCUAUGCACAACCCGAAUGCUAUGCAUACGCAGAUACAUGUUGUACCUGUAUCAUUAGAUCGUGCCAUGGAUGCAUUUGGAUUCGUUAAUGGCUCUGAGCAUUUUGCCGGUUCACGCGUGGAGGUAUUAUCGGAUGAAUUCCCAACAUCCAUAGAGUCCCUACAAGGACGCCUUGACAGUAUACAAAGGUCUUACUUUUACCUGCAGGUACUUGGGAAAACUCCUGGAGGCACCGGUUUUGUACACUCUCAUUGCCUCUGGACACUUGGACAUCGUGGUGGUGGACGGCGAAUUCCCAUUACGUUUGGUAGGGAAUUGGUACUUUAUUUAUUACCGGAUACUGCAUGGGAUUCAGUACCAUGCUCGAAGCUAGGAGGUCAUUCCAUUGCGUCAUCGUGGAAGCAAUAUGCUAUAGACUGGCGUAAUUGUGUAACCAAUAAAGAUUCCGAGACCACCCUUUCACAGAGUCUAUCAAAAUCGCUAAUAACAUUAGAUAUUAAAUAAUGCGAUGGAUAUGUGAAUGUUAGUAACUAGUGAUAUAGACCCAUAAUGCCUC